AUUGUCUGACGGAGCAUCACAGAAGAACAAGCGGAAGUCUGCUCAAGGUGUGUGGGGGGGGCAAACCGACUUAUCUGGGUCAUAAUAUCUACAUCUCCACGGCAAGAAAAUCCGUCAUAAAACAGAGAUCGGUCGUCCUGGGCGGACGUAGUGUCUUCUGCUUCCUGUUCAUCUACUUUAAGGGGCGUGGAGUGGCAUGUUUCGGCGCGUCUGUUGAGUGUUUUGUCAGUGCAACCGGAGUAUUCAACCUUGGCUUUUCUAAACCAGUGGUCUGUGACACCCUCCGCUACCUAAAACCACCUCUGUGGCAGUGGACUACCUCCAUUUAGUGUUUUUGACCUGACGGUGGAUCAUCCCCCAGCUUUUGUUUUGUCUAAAAACCAAAGUUUGUCAUUUCUAUUGCUGCUAUAUUUAUAUAUUUUUUUUGAAUUCUCACCUAUAAGAUUGAGGCGUUUGUGUAUUUACUUCUUUUGCAAGCUUUAAAGCAGUCCGGCUGUAAAAAAUGCAGACUAGGAUGGAAGCCGUGGACAUAGCAGUGGUGGCGCUGUAUUUUGUCCUGGUGCUGGUCAUCGGGCUCUUCGCCAUGUGGAAAGCCAACCACAGCACUGUAAGCGGCUACUUCCUUGCCGGACGCUCCAUGACGUGGGUAGUGAUCGGGGCGUCCCUCUUCGUCAGCAACAUCGGCAGCGAACAUUUCAUCGGCCUGGCGGGGUCGGGAGCAGCGAGCGGCUUUGCGGUGGGAGCCUGGGAAUUCAACGCGAUCCUGCUUCUGCAGCUCCUCGGCUGGGUGUUCAUCCCCGUGUACAUCCACUCCGGAGUUUACACCAUGCCAGACUACCUGUCGAAACGCUACGGCGGGAACAGGCUGAAGGUUUACUUUGCCUGUCUGUCUGUGCUGCUCUACAUAUUCACCAAGCUCUCUGUGGACCUGUACGCCGGUGCUCUCUUUGUCCAGGAGUCCUUGGGUUGGAACCUCUAUCUCUCCAUUGGUCUGCUCAUCAGCAUGACUGCUCUGCUCACCAUCACCGGUGGAUUGGUUGCGGUGCUCUACACAGAUGCUCUCCAGGCCGUGCUGAUGAUUGGUGGAGCCCUGACCUUGACCAUCAUGAGCCUAAUCAAAGUCGGCGGACUAGAAGGGGUCAGAACUAAGUAUAUGCAGGCCAUUCCCAAUGUCACAGCUAUAAUGGCCGCCGGAAACUACACGUAUUCACCGUCUUGUCGCAUUGAACCAAAGCCAGACUCGCUACGCAUCCUUCGAGGCCCUCUGGAUGAGGAUAUUCCGUGGCCAGGUUUCCUUCUGGGGCAAACCCCGGCCUCCAUUUGGUACUGGUGUGCAGACCAGGUCAUCGUGCAGAGAGUGCUGGCCGCCAAGAACAUUGCUCACGCUAAGGGCUCGACGAUCAUGGCCGGCUUUCUCAAGAUCCUGCCCAUGUUCCUGAUAGUCAUCCCAGGAAUGAUCUCCCGCAUCCUGUUCGCAGACGAGAUCGCCUGCAUCGGGCCGGAGCACUGCCUGGCCGUGUGCGGUUCCAAGGCCGGCUGCUCGAACAUCGCCUACCCGCGCCUGGUCAUGGCGGUGAUGCCCGUGGGACUCAGGGGUCUUAUGAUGGCCGUCAUGAUCGCUGCGUUGAUGAGCGAUCUCGACUCGAUCUUCAACAGCGCAAGCACCAUCUUCACCUUGGACAUCUACCAGACCGCUCGGAAGGCGGCUUCCCAGCGCGAGCUGCUGAUCGUAGGCCGCAUGUUUGUUGUGUUCAUGGUGCUAAUCAGCAUCGCGUGGGUCCCGGUGAUCAUUGAGAUGCAGGGUGGACAGACAUACCUGUACAUCCAGGAAGUCGCUGGCUACCUCACCCCGCCGAUCGCUGCCCUUUUCCUGCUCGGCGUUUUCUGGAGGAGGUGUAACGAGACGGGCGCCUUCUGGGGAGGCAUGACGGGUUUCACGCUCGGUGCGAUACGACUGAUCCUGGCCUUCCUUUAUCGCCAGCCGCUCUGCGACCAGCCAGACGACAGACCCUUCUUCAUCCUUCACAUUCACUACAUGUACUUCGCAGCCGGACUCUUCUGGAUUUCGGGGCUGGUCGCCGUGGUGGUCAGUCUCUGCACCGCCGCACCAGAUGACGAGCAAGUUCGCACCACCACAAUCUGGGGGCUCCGCAAGCUGGAAAAGGUUCCCCCGAAGGACAGAGACGAAAUCUACAGACUCACAGAGAAGAACCAAUGCAACGGCAGCGCAGGCUACUACAAAGACAUUCCCGCCGACGUCAAAAGGGAGCGGUUCCUAGACGGGGCCGAGAUCAAGCUCCUGGUCCCGUACACAGACCACGACCCGGCUACACCCAGCACGGAAACGUCCCCGGCAUCCACGCCCGCCGAACAGCCCGCGUUCAAAAAGAUGGACAUGAUCAGAGCAGAGCCGGGCUGUCACGGAAAGGAAGAGCGAGGCCUGUGCAUGCGAUUUGUUGACUUUUUCUGUGGGUACAAAGAAGAACCACAGGGCGGCCCGCAGAAAGCGGCACCGGCAGACGAGCGUUUGGUCGCAGAGCUGCUGUACGAGUCCCCCAGGGUCAAACUCAUCCUCAACGUGGCCCUAAUGGCUGUCUGCUCCGUGGGCGUUUUCCUCUUUGUUUAUUUCUCACUUUAGUUGAGCCGUGCACUGAGAUACCUGGAACUGUUGCUAGAAAUGUUUCUUUUGAAGGUAUUAUAUAUAUGCGAGUCAUUUUUUUGGGGCUGUUACAGCUAGUAAAACAUUUCCCAGAUUUUAAAUCUUGUCUGUAAUAUUUACAGUUUUUUUGUUUUUUGUUUUUUUUUUGUAACUCACUAACAGGGAUCUAAGCUUGAUUAUGAUUUUUAAAUCAGUAAAGCUUCUCCACCUGAAAAAAGUAAAGCAAACCACAUUGUGCUCCUAAAUGACUUUGAAUCCCGUUGUUUUUAAUCUUACAUAUAAAAAAAAAAAAUAGCUUCUGGGAUUUUAAGAGUUGUUGUUCUGUAAGUGUAUUUAAUAUUUGCCUUACUAUAUAUGUUUUUUGUUUCUUGUGAGAAUGGGUUAAAGUAUAAUUCAGACCUCUUUGUUCAAAGGGGUGCGAGAGAAGACGUCAAGAAGAAUCGCUUGCUACACUUGGUAGUGUUGCGUACGUAUGUUUGAAACUUUAUUUUUUUACAUAGCGAUAAUAUCAAUUAUUGGUUUGAAUUACUUGAUGUGUUGCAUCUAGAACCACUUAAUACAGUUAGCAUUUAGUAUUAAGAAACGUGUACAUGUUUUGCAGCUCAUCGUUGUGAGAAAAAGAAGCACAACUUUAGAAAUGAAUCUUUUUUUCCAGUAUUUUCUUUGUUAGAAAAUAUACGCAACACAGUUAAUUGGUUGUUCUAAAAGAGUCGAAAAUGACCAAAUUCCAGUCAUAUCCGGAGCUCUAUUGCUAUUUUUAUUGUGUUUUCCACUACUUAGUUUAUGUUUGUGAUUGUUUUUUUUUUGUGUGGGGAUAUAUUCUGUUAUAGUUCAUAACUUACAGUUGUUUGAACGCUAUUGCAUUGUAACAGAAAGCACCAGUUCUUGAUGUUCUGUAUCGUUUUUUAUUUUAUUUUAUCUCUUUUCAUUGGUUUGCAUCAGACAUUUCAAGUCUUUUACAAUAUUAACAUUGUCUGAAAACCUUUCAGGGCUUGUUUUGUUCAGACGCUGUCUUUUACACUAGGGCGUUUCUUGUGUGUCUAGUGUGUGUCCUUGCAUUUUUAAACAUUGUUUAUUUAUCUUUUUAAGUGCAUUUUCUAUAAACUUCCUACCAAAUGUGUCUUACUGUGCAAUGCGUAAGUGGGAAAAAAAGAAGAAAAUUCAUAAAGAACAUGGAAAUACAAUGUUUGUUCAAAGCCAUUACAUGAACUAGCUUUUUUUUCAUGUAGUAUGUUGCUUUGGUUGUAUAAAACGAAAUUGAGAAUGCAAAAGUUGAAUGGCAUCUAAGUGUCAGAAUUAGCACUUUGUUGAUGCAUCGUACUUCUGACAUGGUCAGUGGUCAUUUGCAUUGAAAAACAAAACUGCUGAGCCUCUGGAUUGCGGUAACCCAUGUCGUCGGCUUACACCCACAAAGGAUGCAAACGAUUAAAGGACCAUUUGUCUCCAGUGUUGCCUGACCUCAGUCCAAAAAAGUCAGCGUGUGAAUGUGACAGGCCAAGCCUUUUCUAUGUCGACACCUGUUGGGACGGGAAGAGGCGAUUGCCGCACGGGAAAGAGCUUUAAAAGUUUUUUCAUGCUUUUCAAGAGAAUAUACAUUGUUAUAUUUAUGGACUUUAUUUUUAGAGACAAAAUAAAGUUUCUGUGGAGACCACAA